AUGUCUUCAAUGCAACAGCUCACACGCCUGCCAUUCAGAGGCACUCUACUUUCGCGCACUCGGGUCCAACCACAGAACCCCCUCCUCCAAAUACAUCUUCUCCGGCAUUGUCGACCAACGGCAACAUCAAAAUUCUCUACAUACCCAGGACGGUUUAAUUCAAAAACUACCAGCAAUAUAUCAUCAUCAUCAUCAUCAUCAUCAUCAUCAGGACUCGAUUCCGAUCCAAACAAUGAUCCGUAUCGAACUCCACCCGUGAGCCUGGAAUCCCUUGGUAUUGGGAAGAAUAUGAAAAUCGUCUUGCUCAUUGUACUCUCUCUUCUCGAAACUAUUGAGACGUGGUUUUGGUGCAAGGCUAUCUGGACUUGGUGGAAGGGAGGCGAGAAGGACAAAAACAUCGAACAAGGCUGCAAAUAA